AUAAGUAAACAUUUAUUAACACCCGAUAGUGAUAAAAACGAUAUUUAUGUUUAUAAACAAUGGCGUUAUAAACCUAUACCAAAACCUAAAUUACUUCUGAAAGCCCCAGCAUAUAUAGAUUUUGAGUUAUAUAUCAAGGAAAAAUGCGGCAACAAAAUUAAGGUUUUAAAUCGUGAAACAUUUCCACACAUAAAACGUCCUAUUGUUAUUAUGUUUAAUCAUUUUCGGGAAAAAUGUACCUAUCACACUAAAUGGCUGGAUAGAAUGUAUGAAUUAUCAAUAAAAUAUGGUGAUCGUAUAGAAUUUAUAGCAGCUGAUUUAUUUGAUAUGGAUAUAAUAUUUCCGGGUAGAAAUCCUCUGAAAUUCUUUUCCAUAUUUGUGAGACCCGAAGAUGUGACACCCACAGUAUAUGCUUUAGAUGAAAAGAAGUGUGUACAUGAACUUUUAGAUGUCUUCAAAGAAAUAGGGACUUUAACGGAAUUAUGUGAGAAUCUUUUAAAAGGAAAACUAUUUCCCUCACAGCCCUUACCAGAAAAUAAUAAAAAUAAUUUGGUUAAAAUAUGUGUUCACAAUAAUCAUAAGGAAUUGGUUUUAAAAUCCUCAAAAAAUAUAUUUUUAAUUAUAAAUCUGAAACAACUACAGGAAAAUGAAACUAAUUAUAAUCAAGCGGCUUUAGCCUUGAAAGAUUAUAAUCUGGAUAUUGUUUAUAUGCAAGCCGAAGAGAAUUAUAUACCAUUUGAGUAUUAUGCCUACGGCCUUCCCACUUUAAUAUUUAUACCCCUUAAUGAUAAAAAGAAUUUCGUCUACUAUGAAGAUAUGACAACAGAAGAGAGUACAAUAGAAUUUCUUAAAAAUCUAUUGGAGCAACCCGACUAUUUGCCUAAUCUGCAACAGCAACAAAAAAAUAGAAUGAAAUUUCAAGCCGUACAAAUAGCCCAUGAUUUCCUAGUGGACUACGAUAAAGAUUUGGAAGAAUUUUUAGAAAAAAUUAUAAUAAUACCAUUAAUAUUAAAUCGUGACCUAAUAGACCAAUCAUCAGAUAUUAUUAUUGUAGCAUUUAUGGAUUUCCAGGGAAAAUGUUUGGCUCAUCACGUAAACUGGUUUAAUAAACUCUAUCAAGUGGCCUCCAUACUUUACGGUUUUCAAUUUAUGAUAGCUGACUUUAAGGAAAUUGCUGUUAUUAACUCAAAAUGGAAACCCGAGGAUUUAAUCCUUGCUGCCCAAGGAAAACCCAAAAUAUACGGUUUCGAUCGUUUAAAACAUACAUUUGAAUUUAACAACUACAAAUCACCAGCUUCCCUUUUCUAUUUCGCCGAUAGUUUGGAUAAUGGAGAUUUCUACUAUUCCCAAGAUUAUUCCCGAAAUAUUGAAAAAGAAUUGGUCAAAGAUUGGCCGUCCAAUUAUUUUAAUUUUUUCCUUAAACAUUUAAAGAAACAUAUUUUUAUAACAUUUUAUUCGGCCUCUGAUGAGAAAGCGGAAAAACUUUUAAUUCUAUUGCAGGAAAUUGUCGAGGAGGUAAAAUCUUUAAAUGUGGAAGUGGUGAAGUUUAAUGUUGACUUGAACUAUGUGGACUUGGAGUAUAAGCAAGAUAGCUAUGCAGUUUCUUAUUUUAUACCCUUAGAAAAUAAACGGGAUAAUAGAACUUUAAGAGGGGACUAUUUAAAUAGGGAAAACAUUUUGGAAUUUAUUAAAUUUAAUGUGGAGAAUGGUUAAUAAAAACUAAUUUAUUAUAAAAUAUA